GCACUCCUCUCUCCCUUAUCUUCUAUCAUUCAUUUUCAUUCUCUCUCUUCUUUCUUUCUUUCUUUCUUUCUUUCUUUCUCUCUCUUUCCAGCAGAGAGAACAACUCAACUGCAAGAGCCUCCCAUCUGAAAGGAAUUCCAUGCUCCACAAAAAUAGAUAGACCCACUUGUCCACUAACCGAUACAAUUUGAGGGUCACCUCAUUUCAUUUCUCACUUCCACAAACCAAAAAAAUAAAACAUUGUGACAGAAAAAAAAACCUUUUUUUUAUUUUAAAAAAUAAACCCCACCAAUUUUUUUUUCUUAAAAAAAGUGCUUAUAGUGAGAGAAGUUAAUUAUAUGAGAUAAGCACGAUCAUCAUGGAAUUGGAAGCUGAUCAUCAUCAAAAUAAUGGAAUCCGAAGCAGACCAAAUUUUCCUCUUCAACUUUUAGAGAAAAAAGACAUCAUCGAUGAUAUCUCCGAACAACCUUGUUCAACCACCGCAAACGACGGCUGUUCCGCCAUCGUUACAUCAAACAACACGGCCGACCAGCAGAAAAAGCCACCGCCGAAGCGCGCCUCGACGAAAGACAGGCACACGAAAGUCGACGGACGAGGUCGUCGGAUCCGUAUGCCGGCAGCCUGCGCCGCCAGAGUUUUCCAGCUGACACGUGAGCUCGGACACAAGUCCGACGGCGAGACGAUUGAGUGGCUGCUUCAACAAGCUGAGCCAGCCGUCAUCGCCGCCACAGGCACCGGCACAAUUCCGGCGAACUUCACCUCACUUAAUAUCUCUCUUAGAAGCUCAGGAUCCACCAUGUCGGCGCCGUCGCACUAUUUUCGAGGUAACUACUUCAACCCUAGCUCGUUCUCAUCAGCUGCCGCGGCGGCGGCGCAGGUUAGAAGCCGAGCCGAAUGGGAAAGAACCAUUAAUAUAAACAAUAACAUAAAUAUGAACGUUGUAGCUGAAGAUUCAAGAAGAACUAAUAGCACAAACAUGUUGGAGAAUCAUAAUCCUUCUUCAUUAUCAGCAAUUUUGAAUUUCAACAACGUGCAAAAUGCUAUUCUACAAGCAAAACAAGAGCUCCGGGAAGAAAACGCCGCCGCAGGCGGCGGCGGUGGUUUCGAAUCCGUGGCUUCGGAUUCGGAUGGAAACAUAGGGAGAAAAAGAAGAUCGGAGCAAGAAUUUUUAUCACAAAAUAUGGGAAGCUAUUUGUUACAAUCAAAUGUUGGGUCACUUCCUUCAAGUCAUGCUUCUAAUACGGCAGCGUUUUGGAUGGUAACUGGUCAUGGCAACCAAGGUGUUAAUGUUGGUGGUGGUGGUAAUGGAAAUGAACCUAUUUGGGCUAUUCCUUCUGUUGGUAAUAGUGGUAAUUUGUAUAGAGGAGCUAUGUCUUCUCCUAAUGGAAUUCAUUUCAUGAAUUUUGGUUCUCCAAUGUCUCUUAUGCCUGGAAGUCAAUUAGGUUCUGGCAUCGUCGGUGUUGGUGGUGGUAAUGGUGGUUUUUUGGCUGAAAGCAAUUUGAAUAUGCUUUCAGCUAUGAAUGCUUAUAGGCAGAUUAAUUCGACGAAUUGUGUUUCAGAUUCGUCGGGACAACAUCAUGGAGGUGGUGGAAGUGGAAGAGACGAUGGACAUGAUUCAACUAGUCAACAUUCAUGAGGAUCAAGUAAUUACAAGUGUAUGAUUUGAUGCUAGCUUCUUUAUUUUUUUUUUUUAAUUAUUAUCAUUACUACUACUAUUAGUUUUGCUAAUGGUUAAUUUGCAAAAAUAUAUAUUAUUAUAUAUAUACAUAUAUAAAUAUAUUAUAUAUGUUAUAUGCUAUUUCUAUUUUGAAAACAUGUAGGCAAAGUUUGAUUGCUUUGGUAUAUUAUUGAGUUGAAUUUUCGAUUUUGGAACUUUGUUGGUGUGGUGUGAUUUUCCUAGGAACAUGUUAGGGUUUGAGAAGAAAUAUUUACAAACUUAUUACUUCUUGAUUCUUGGCGUAGAUAUUCCACUAUAUCAAUAUUUUUAGUUUCUUAUUGAUUGGAUCAUUGUUUUAUGAUCUCAAAUUUUGUUACUAA